CGUGCUUUACGUGAUGACGUCAGGUUGACGUCGCUCCGUGUCACUACGCCGUAGACCAAAAGUGGAAGGCAGGAUAAGGAUUGUUGUGACACUAAACGCAGACUCAUCCUCACCAUGGCAUUAAGAAGCGCUGUGUGCCGCCUCCUGGUCAGCCCUCACAGAUGUGCCGUCAUCUCAGCUUCCAGAGCUCAGGGGACUGCAGCAGCUGCCAGACUGGAUGCAGAGAAGACUGAGCAGAAGUCUAAAGCUCCUAAGGUCCAGUUUAACUGGCGUGACGCUCUGGACCUGGAGGGCCAGCUGACGGAGGAGGAGAUCAUGAUCAGAGACUCCUUCAGGACCUACUGCCAAGAGAAACUCAUGCCGCGAAUCCUGAUGGCAAACAGGAAUGAAGUUUUCCACAGAGAAAUUGUGUCAGAAAUGGGAGAACUGGGAGUCCUGGGCCCAACAAUUAAAGGUUAUGGCUGUGCUGGGACGAGCUACGUGGCCUACGGUUUGAUUGCCAGAGAAGUAGAGAGGGUGGACAGCGGAUAUCGCUCAGUCAUGAGCGUGCAGUCGUCACUGGUCAUGCACCCCAUUAACGCCUACGGUACCGAGGAGCAGAAACAGAAGUACCUCCCCAGGCUGGCUACUGGAGAGAUUCUGGGCUGCUUUGGCCUGACGGAGCCGAACCACGGCAGUGACCCGGGCAGCAUGGAGACCAAAUACAAUCCAUCCAGUCGCACCUACAACUCCACCGGCCCAAAAGACAGGAUCACAAACUCUCCUGUGGCGGAUAUCGCUGUCGUCUGGGCCAAAUGUGAUGAUGGGAAGGUCCGCGGCUUCAUCUUGGAGCGCGGCAUGAAGGGCCUCUCGACACCAAAGAUCGAGGGAAAGUUCUCCCUCAGAGCCUCGGCCACCGGUAUGAUCGUCAUGGACGAGGUGGAGGUUCCUGAGGAGAACCUGCUGCCUAAAGCCUCGGGCCUCGGGGGUCCUUUCGGCUGCUUGAACAACGCUCGUUACGGUAUCGCGUGGGGCGCUCUGGGUGCUGCGGAGUUCUGUUUCCACGCGGCUCGACAGUACACACUCGACAGAAUCCAGUUCGGCGUGCCCCUGGCGAGGAAUCAGCUGAUGCAGAAGAAGAUGGCGGACAUGCUGACGGAGAUCACCAUCGGCCUGCAGUCCUGUCUGCAGCUGGGCAGACUGAUCGACGCGAAGAGAGCGGCUCCAGAUAUGAUUUCCAUGCUGAAGAGGAACAGCUGCGGUAAAGCGCUCGACAUCGCCAGGCAGGCCAGAGACAUGCUGGGAGGAAACGGCAUCGCAGACGAGUACCACAUCAUCCGCCACGUCAUGAACCUGGAGGCUGUCAACACGUACGAAGGUACCCAUGACAUCCACGCUCUGAUCCUGGGCAGAGCCAUCACGGGACUGCAGUCCUUCACUGUGGACAAAUAGAUCCGACGUCCCGCCGCACGACCAACAGGAACCUGCUGCUGACAGAAAACUGACGUCGACUCUGCAGCCGUUUGGAGACGAUUCUGAUUCAUUUUCAUCUGUAUUGUGACAGUUUGUUUUCACUCAAGCUAUUAGAAUAUAUAUUUGAGCGCUUUAUUUUAAAGAGACAGUUGAAGUGUGUCUCGUGCCUGUGUAAUUAAUUCAGAAGUUGAUUUUUCAACUUUAAAAAGGUCUAUUUUUCUACGCUCAAUCACAGCACUAUGUGAGAUAUGUCUCUUUGCUCCCUGGUUCUCAGUUGUAUAGACUUUAAUUGACUGUAGUGAAGAAUUGACGGUUCAGAAUGACGCCAAGAUCCAAAUUUUCUGCUGACAACUAAUGCAACGUUAAUACUGUAAUUAUCACACUAAGCAUAAAUUCCCACCAGUUUUUAAAAAUGCAUGUGAAGCUUUUUCGAUCCUGAUUUGAUCCGAUGACACAAAAGUCGUCACUGUGUAAUUAGUGUGAGAUGUAACUUAGAUGAGAAGACCGUUUGCUGUUGUCUUGCACUUUUCUGGCUCUAUCACUAAUUUGUAAUAACGCCGCAUGGUUCGUUGAGAGGUCAAGGAUGUUGAUCAGAGCUUGAAUAAAUAAAAUUAUUUAAGUAUUUGAAA